AUGCAUCAUUUUAUAACCUGUCUUCUGCUCGGUUCCGUCGUCACGUUGACCCUUGGAAAAGGUCUCGAAUGUGCUGUAUGUCUACAGUUCGUUGAAGGUCUCGAUAAGGAGGAGAUCAAAGAGGAUAAAAACCUCAAAAAGAAAGCUGAACAAGACUGCAGGAACAUCUUCGAUAUGCCUGUAAUCGACGACUACUGUAUCAAGCUGGUCGACAAGGAUUUUGACAAAAUCGUCCAGAUGAUUCUGAAUGACGAAAAACCUGAUGUGAUCUGCAAGAAGAUCGAUAUGUGCUGA